UCACUACCGGUACUGUUGUUUAUACAUGGUUCCUCAUACGAUUUCGGUACCGGCAACAUGUUUGAUGGAAGGAUACUGGCCGCCUAUGGGCUGGUCAUCGUCGUCACCAUCAAUUAUAGGCUGGGUGUCCUAGGUUGGUUGGUUGGCUUCUUAAGCACUACGGACAGCGAUGCUUCAGGCAACUACGCCCUCUUGGAUCAAGUGGCAGCCCUCCAGUGGAUACAGGCCAACAUUAAAAAUUUUGGCGGAAAUCCUAACGGUGUGACCAUUAUGGGUCAAGGACAUGGGGCUGCAAUGGCCAAUAUGCUAAUGAUGUCACCGAUUACGAGGGGAUCCAACUUAUUCCAAAGAGUCAUUCUGCUAAGUGGCUCAGCGUUCAGUGUAUGGGCAAUU